AUGGCACAAGUCCUCACCAACUACCCGGCCUCGCUGCCCACGCCGCCCACCACACCAACCAAGACCGCCGCCGCCGCUGACGGCGCCAGCAUCCAUGUUCCGCUGCCGCCCGCCGCCGCGCCCAGAAAGGGAAAGCCGGGCUACAUCGGGAACCUGACGCCCUCGCAGGAGGCCAGGCUGCGCGCGCUCUGGGCCAUCGCCUACAAGUUCGUCGAGAUGUGCGAGGCCGACGAGAGCUUCCAGGACGCCGUCACGCUCGAGGACAAGUUUGUGCCUCCCGCCAUGAAGCCCGGAGCGGCCGCCACCGCUACGCAGCGAAGGAAGCUCAAGCGGACCGGCAGCAGAAGCGGCGCCGUCGGCCCGCAGCGCAACCCGGAGCUCGUCCGCGAGCUGCUCUCGCUGCUGCCUACCCAGGAGCGCAGCAUGGACCGGCUCGAGGCCGCCGCGCUUGACGCGCUUGACCACUGGACGCCGCACAUGUUCCGCAUCACCCUGCUGCACACGGUCAAGCAGGAGCACCCGGACGAGCUGGCCCUGCGCUUCCUGCGCCGCAGCGGCUGGGACGUGGUCGCCGCCUGCAAAGGCAUGGGGCGCACCAUCUACUGGCGCACCAUGGAAGCGGCCAUCGACGACGACAUCUUGAGGCUGGGCGAGGGCGGCGCGGCAGAGGACGAGCGCAACGGCCAGGGACAUGCGCGCGUUCUCGGCGCCGAGUUCAUGAAGCUGCUGCGCUCAGGAAAGGGCUUCCUGCACGGCAACGACAGGGAGGGCCGCCCGAUGACGUACGUCCGCGUGCGGCUGCACAAGCCCGGCGAGCACAGCCCGGAGAGCAUGGAACGGUACAUCAUCUACUUGCUCGAGAUGGCGCGGCUGUCUCUGCGGCCGCCUGUGGAAACAGGUACCAUCUUCCUCGACAUGAGCCACUUUCGCUUCAAGAACUUUGAUCUUGAGCCUCUCAAAUUCAUCCUCAAGUGCGCCGAACAGUACUAUCCCGAAUCCAUCGGCCUCAUCAUCGUCCACAAGGCCCCAUUCGGAACCAAGGCCCUCUGGAAGCUCAUCCGCCACUGGGUCAGCGCCAGCAUUGCCGACAAGGUGCGCUUCACCAGCGGCCGCAAGGACCUCUUCCGCUACAUCCACCCGUCGCAGGUGCUCGCCGAGCACGGCGGCGAGGACCCCUUCACCUACGAGUACGAGGAGCCCAUGGCCGACGAGAACUUCAAGAUGCAAAACACCAUCACCCGCAACUACCUCCUCCUCGAGCGCCAGAUGCUCGUCGAGCAGUUCGAGGACGUCACCAAGGAAUGGGUCAUGAACGCCCAGGGCACCCCGCGCGCCGCCGAGGUCGGCCGCCGGCGAGACCGCGUCUGCGCCGCGCUCACGGCCAACUUCUGGGAGCUCGACCCGUACGUGCGGGCGCGCUCACUGUAUGACCGUCGGAACUGCCUCAGCGGCACGGGUAACCUGCAGUACCACCCGCCAAAGUCGGAGCGGCGGCGGCGCGACUCGGCGAUGACGGGCGGUCCCGGCGGCGGGGGAAGGCCGCGGUCGGUGUCGAGCUCGAGCGGCGGCGCGCGGUCGAGCAUCAUGGCGCGCUCGGUGCUGGGCGGGUACAGCUCGAGCGUGUCGGGGGUCGGCGGCGUGGGUUCGGUGGGAGCGCGGUCGAGCAUCUCGGGCGCGGCGUCGUCGGGCGCGGGCACGCUGACGACGUGCUCGAUCCUGGGGUCGCCGGUCAAGGAGGAUCACUUUGGCGAGAUGGAGGCCGUGGACAUGACUACGAUUGCAGACGAUUCGUCGUUUUACUCUGACUGA